AUGUACACGGACAAUCUGGGCCUUGCUGAUCGCAAGCUCAUGAAGAAGGCCGCUACUGCUAUCACUGAGGCCCUCCGACAGUCUGGAACGUACAAACUCUUCUUCAUGGCUCGCCUCGAGAACGGUCGCGUGGGAGCCGACGAUCUUUCCGCCAUUGAGACUGUGAUCUCGUCUAUUGCAAUGGCGGACGUCCCGCUCACAGUCAUCAGCAUCCAGAGCAAAAGGCUCCCUGGGAGGACCCAUCGAGUAAAGAAAUACAACGCGACGCCAAGCAUGACACGGUAUAUGCCUCUGGUGAAGAUGAUCCGGCAACUUCCAACAUCGUUGAACGGCUUUUUUCCCAGUGCAAGCUAG